AUAUCCCUGUAUUUUUGUGAAUUUUUAAACCAUAACGAGCGUAUCAAAGGGAUUGUCUGUAAUAUGUAAUGGAAAGUCUUUCAUAUAUGACACGAGAGCUGACAUUUAAUUUUUUAAACGACACCGUGGUAUAUCGUGCACGGGUUAUAAAGGACGAGAACACUAGUCUAUUUAUAUGCCUGUAGAAGCCAGAACAAUGCCGGCUAUUUGAUGUGCCGUGUCAUUCAGACAAAACCUUUCAUGAGUUUAUGUACACUAGUAUACCGUGUUAGCUAUUUAGAUUAUUAUGGUUUUCUUUCACCUGUUAUAAACACUCUACGAAUUUGGUGCCUAUUUUUAGCAGUGAUAUAUGGCGACUACGUUUAAAAGAACCUAGCAUUACAGGUGAGAGUCGACAUAGUAUAGGCCAUUCUUGUUGAGCAAAGUCACAGUCAUGCGAAGACCGAAACAUAAUUUAAGAGUUCUUAUGUUGCUCUGGAAACAUUUGUUCACAGGAUGGUCAGUAGCAAUACUGAUUGGAGUAAUUCUAGUGCUUUAUUUAUCUACCAGAGAUAUCAACAGGAUCGAUAAUACAUCUAGCGUCACAUUUCCGAAGCGACUCAUAAAGCUUUUUGAAAUAGAUCAACGAACAAACAAUUUACAUCGCAUGAGAAGAAACGUUUCAUCACGUAUUUCCUUAAAAAAAGAAUAUUUGAAGGAUUUAAAUGGUUUUCAGAAGCGGAACAAUAUAUCAGUCAAUCGACAUACUGCUAGUCACGAGCAACAGCGGGCAAAUCAAAAAUCCUACCAGCAGGAUAGCGCUUUAUUUCACAGCGGUGUUAAAAAGGAGAAUGUUGGAUAUCCUGAUGGCAAUAUAAAUAGUCAAGGUAAAAAGCAAAGAGACGUUCCUCAUCAGAAUCAGCUACAAGGUGUUCAACGUCAAGAUAUCGCUCAUCAUAAUCAGCUACAGGGCGUUCAACGAAAAGAUAUAGCUCUUCCCAUCAGAGAUGACCAAAAUGAUCCACGAAAAGAAAAUGCAAACUUUUCACCUGAUGAAUAUCUAUCGAAUGUGAAUAUGACUGAAAUUGUAAGGCAAUUUGAUAUAAAAGGGUAUGCUGACGAACAAACAAUUAAUGCAUUCGAUCAUCGUUUUAUUAUCAACCCUGAAAAAACAUGUAACUUUUCGGAUAAUAUAAAAGUGUUGUUUAUAGUAAAGAGUAGUCCCGACCACAUUUCACGACGAGUAACAAUUCGCGAAACUUGGGCCAACAGGAAACGAUUUCCAUCGACAAGGACCAUUUUUUCAUUCGGAUUACCAAAAAGUAGCAAAUCUUUUUUACAGCUACAAGACGAAUCCUCUACAUACAACGAUAUUCUCCUUGUGAAUUAUGUAGAUGAUUAUUAUAACCUGACCCUGAAGACGGUGAGUGGAUUAAAAUGGACAGUAGCUUACUGUGCACGUGCCAUGUACGUAAUAUCGGUAGAUGACGACUUAUACGUGGCCACUGAUCUGUUGCUUAGUUACCUUAACAUAGCUCAGGUACGGAGGGUAGACAAUCUCUUCUCCGGCCACCUUAUCGUCAACACCAAUCCUAUCAGGAUCGAUAGAUCUAAAUGGCGAGUGAGUAAGUCUGAAUAUCCCUUUAAAAACUAUCCCGAAUACAUUUUUGGAGGUUUUGUAAUUAUGUCGAUGUCAACAGUGAGGAAAUUUACUGUAGCAGCAUUGUAUACAAAGAUUUUCAAAUUUGAGGAUGUGUAUUUAGGGAUUCUAGCAGCUAAGCUUGGAAUAGAGGCCACUAACAACGGAUAUGUUAAUUCUAGGAAAACUUUCACGUCAUCAGAAUCAUUUAAAACACUUAUUGCUUCACAUUUUUAUUAUGACCCAAACGAUUUACAGAGAGCAUGGGAUUGUCAUUUAAGCAUACUUGACCAAGACGAUGACAAGGCCAUAUUCUGUGAUUAUAUAGGUGACCGUUUGCGUAAAUUACAAACGGAAAUAAACAGUAUAGUUGGAUGGUUGCAAGUCCUAAAACAACAGGCAUAAAUGAUAAUUUGCAAAUGAAAUAAUGCUUUAAUUACAUAUUGAAUCGGCAAUAGUAAUGCGACCAAUAUACCCUCAUAACUUAUAUUUUCUUCUUUUAUUUUUCUUGAAUCCAAAUAACUGUUCCAUGAUGGAAAAGGGAUGAUAGCAAGAUAUUUUAUAUAAGUAUAGUAUUGUCUUGUUUUGAAUGUAUUGUUAUUUACAAGGUACCCCUAAUAUAUUGGUGAAGAUUGAGUUUUUAUAUUUAUCAUUGAUUGUAAAGUACAUGGACAGGAUAUUAGAAAUAAAGGUAUGUUAAUUUUGUUAUGAAGCAUACGUCUGUGAAAUCAGACAAAAUUCCUGACAGCGCAUGUGCUGUGUGAUUAAAAGUGAAAUUUAGAUAGAAUUUUUCAAUAGACAAAGUAAGCGGUGACGAACAGGAUAUGUAUAUAGAUGACGUACGAACAUUUGUAUGUAUAAGUGAAAAACACAGCACUGAUUAUUCAUGAAUAAAGUAUGUGUAUGGUA